AUGAACACUCGCAAGAUAUUCCUUAUUGCCUUCUUGGUUGUUGCCAUGCUUUCUUCCAUGGCUGAAGCCGACGGAAUCAUGGACAAGAUCAAUAGUGCCAUCAACAGUGCCAAGGCCACCGUCGAAGAAAAGAUGGGAAAGAGCAACAAGAUGGCUGAUAAGGCUGCCGAAGCUGCAGACAAAAUCAAAGAAACUGCUGCUGAAGCCGCAGAGGCUAUCGAAGACGCUGCCAAGAAAGCCACUGAAGAGACUCCAGAAGAGCUCUAA